AUGGAGGGCCAGCAGCAGCGCUUCUGCCAGAAGUGCGGCCACUUCCAGCUGCUGUCUGCCUUUGUGGGCCUCAAGCGCACCUGCCAGAUGGCUCUGGAUCAGCACAAUGAGCGGCGGCGGGACAAGCAGAAGCGCAAAAGGGGCCAGGCUUGGCUCGGCCCCAGCGGCAACGGCGACGGUGGUGGGGGCGCGUGGGCUGGCAGGCAGCAGCAGCAACAGCAGCAGCAAAAGUAA